GCUGGAAACAAUUAACUAUUUAAUUUUAUCAAUAAACAGUACUGAAUAUGAAAGAGACAUAACGUUAUCAGCCUGAUACUUAUGACAUUUAUGAUAUUCUUUCAGAAUGGAAUCUUGUUGGAUUUGUAAAGCUGUGUUCCAAACCAGGAAACAACUAAAGCAGCAUGCUGGGAAGGAACAUUCUAUACUGUCAGUAAUUUGUCCAAUGUGCUGCCAUAAGGAAGUGCACUUCAAAAGAGUUUCAGAUUUGAAAGUUCAUUUCUUGAAAUCACAUCCUUCUGAAUCCAAAGAACUGGAUGAUGAUGCUUUUAAUGAAAGCAAUGGAUUCUACUUAUCUGUAUUUCCAAAAGAAUACUCUAAGUUAGUACAAAAAGCUGAUCGCUUGAGCCCAAGUGUUGUACGUUUUAGGACAUUGAUGAUUAUGUGGGCAAAACGUUUAGAGGGUAAAUGUAGCAAAACUAGGGAAGAAUUGCUGGAAGGAUGGGAAGUAGGUGAUGAUUCCUAUGUAAUGCCUCUUGAACUGAUUGAUCCGCAGUUACCCAACACAUCUGAUGACCUAGUAAUUAAUCAAAUUUCCUUGAACACUAGUAACCCUCAUAUUGACUUACAUCAAGGAUAUAACAAGUUACGUGUUGCUUUAACCAAUGACCUAUUUGAAGAUAAACUAGCCAUGAGAGCCAUUGCACGCAGGCUGGCUGUACUAAAAGAUGCUGCCGGACAUGAACAUUUUGACACUAGCCUUGCUGAAACAUGUCCAGAACUGAAAUCAAGCAUUGCGCUUAAAUUAGGCAUACACAGGAGUUUAAUUAAGGAUGUACACAUUAUUAAAAUUGAAAUGGGCUCAAAGAAGAUCAAAUUAGCCUCAGAUGUCACAGAUUCACCUGCACUACCUAUAGAAACAGCUACAAUUACCUCAAGUCCAUCACUGCCUGCUCAAAUUUCGAACACUUCAAAUGCUAGCAAUUCUUUGAAUAGUAACCAACAUCCCCGGUCAGUUAUUGUGCCAAAACGCAAGGAACCAGUCAUUAGUACCAUGAACUCAAAUUUUCUGGCACCACAACAACCUAAAGUUAACAACCAAGGUUAUCGGGCUACAAAAUUACUCCGAAUGGGUGCAAUGCCACUGUGUCCCCCUGCCAGAAGGGAGUGGGUGGAGGAUGAGUCCAUUACAUUAACUGAAGGAAACCUUACCUGCAAAUGGCCACCGAAAAAUUGGAAAAAUCUCUCACCUGACCAGAGGCUGCUACAGCUGGAAAUACUAACUUUCAAAAUAUUACAGGAACGUGGGGUAAAUACUAGCAACUUAGAACGUUCUGACAUUCUAGACCAGUUUAAUUUUCUCGUCUUGCCUGGAACCAAAGCAUACUGUUUACCUGAUGCUGGGAAAGAUCCGACUGCACACUCAAGGUAUCAUACCUAUGCAACUCUUAGGAUGAUAGCCAACAGUAAAAACAUCAAGUCCGAAAAAUGGCUCGCAAUGCUGGAGUGUAGUAGUAUGCUCAGGGACACUACCAAUGAUAAACUUUUAAGACAGUGUGACAAAAUUCCAUUAAGAAUUUAGAUUGUAGACACAUGUACUAGUCUUGUUUUUGUGUUUUAGAGUGCUAGGUAUCUAACAUAAGAAAACUUUACCUAUUUUGUGGUACUCAG